AUGCGUACCCGGCAGAAACGCCUCAACUACCGAGUUCUGAAUGACGAGAGCGAUGGAGAGUCUUUGCCCGAGGAUCAAACCGACCAAUCAAGCGAAUCAAGCGAGCCGCUGAGAAAUCUCACACGUACUCUCCCAACCUGUCAAAAAGACGCGGUGAUCCUCGCCAACAUACCAGAUUGCGAGCUCCUACCUUCCGAAUCUGUGUCGCAAGUGCUAGUAUCCCAAGAGAGCUCAACAGAUGCUGGUACUUCAAUCACAAACCACGUAUCCUCUCGAUGGUGCAAACGGCCAGCGCCGGCUACAGAGUGGAUCUGGGAGUACUUCGAGACUACAGCCGUUGAUUGUCCAUGGGUUAUCAAGAGGACCAACAAGAGGCGGCUGGUCGACCGAGAGAUUUGCUGUAUGCAUGUAGAUGAAAAAACGGGAACACGCUGUGACUGGCAUACGUCAGGUUCCCAAAGGCAAAACACAACCAGCAACAUGAAAACCCACUUGGCAAAGCAUGACAUUUACUGCCCGACCUCCAGUAUACAGCCAGCGAAGAAGGGACCAGACAUUCGGAGUUUUAUGGGUGGUAAACAGAGUCUCACCCAUCAAGAGGUCUUGGAAAGGAAUGCCAUUCGCUGGAUCGUGACUGAUAUGAAAGCCUUCACCACUGUCGAGUCUCCAGAGUUUCAGCAAAUGUUCCGAGAUAUUCCUGGGAUUGAGCCUCCAUUCACUUCUCGCCACACCUUGCGGGAUCGAAUCAUGCAAGAGUUCGCCAUACAGCGCACCAACCUGAAGAAUGAGCUGACUUUGACUUGCAAAACCAUUGCCUUAUCACUGGAUAUCUGGACAAGCCAGAAUCAUCUUCCUAUUUUAGGGAUAAUAGGUCAUUGGCUGACUGACGAAUUUGAGUACCGCGAGAGAUUACUCGAGUUCACCGAACUCCAGGGCAUUCAUAGUGGAGAAAAUCUGGCAAUUGCAGUGGAAAAUAUGCUUAUUGAGUUGAGUCUCGAGGAAAAGCUCAUUUCCAUUACAGGCGACAACGCCAGUAACAAUGAGGCCAUGGCAUCGGAGUUAUAUUUCUCUCUUUCCGACCGACCUAGGAUGGAAGACGCCAUGCCAGAACCACUCUAUCGAGGUCUUGACAGUUACAUCCGCUGCUUGGCUCAUGUCCUCAAUCUGAUUGUGGAAGAUAUCCUCCGUAACCUAGGGCCAGGGACGAUGGAGCAGGCGCAAGUUGCCUGUGACUGUUUACAGACUGAUUACGGGUCCUCGCUCUUUGGAUUAACCGAAGUCCUCAGCGCCGACAGAAAUGGAAGGAGAUUUGCAGACUCAACAAUCUUCCCGACAAAUUCGUUGCGUACGAUGUUAAUGGUCGAUGAUGGCUUGAAGUCAAGGCAACAAGUCAACAAGUUCCUAAACCUUCAGGAGGAACUCCCGCCGUUCACUCUCCAAGAUUGGUCACGGCUGGAACAGAUUCACACAGUACUCCAUAAGUUCAAUGAGCUUACUUUGUUCAUUUCAAAACGCAAUCCACAAAUCAGCCACGCAGUCCCGAUUUACUAUGAGCUAUACGAAUUGCUUGAUGACGUGACGGAGGGCAAUGAUGACUUCGCAAAACUGGAUCGAGAUAUCAUAGCUGCAGUGAAAGAAGGGAUGAAGAAAUACGAAAAGUACAAUUCUAUUCUAGAUGACUGCGAUACCUACUACACUGCCCUCGUCUCAGGUCCCCGAGUCAAAAGUGAAAUGGUCUUGCGGGAAUCCAAGAUGGUAUACGCGGCUAGUAACCUGGAGCAUGAGGCCGCUGCAUCAAAAUUGUCUUUCCUGCAGCAUAGCGAUGUGGGGUCUAGGAUGCUGAAGAAGUUGCAGGCGCGAGAUCCACCGCUCUCAGAUAUUGAUAAGUACUUCGACACCCCUCCGAUCAGCGUCGCAGAUACCACCGGCCAGAACUGGCUCUGUAAUUGGUGGAAGAUGCGCAAGGGCGAAUAUCCGCGGAUGGCCGCAGCAGCCAGGGACUAUCUAGCAAUUCCUGCUUCUGAAGUUGCUGUUGAGAGAGUCUUUAGUACAGCGAGGGAUGUGCUAGGCAUCAGGAGAUAUUCUUUGAAAGCGGAUACCUUAAGAAUGCUGAUGUUGAUUCGCGAUGGGUAUAAGUGGUAG